CAUGGCCGUAGAUCCGACAGCCAGUCCUUCUCCUUUGGCACCCCAAUUCGAUACCCGUUCCCCGGUGUCGCCGUUAUCUCUCGAGCCUCGUUCGCCCGUUCUCGAGGGCGCUUCACAGCCUGAAUCAGAGCUCAUCCGGCAGCUUCGCGCUGAUUUGGGUAUGUCACGGAUUAGCGAUAAUCAGGAAGGCGAUGAAGUUACCAAAGAGCCUGCGCAAAUUCCGGAGAAGGAGCGACAAGACCUCUAUCAGGAGAUGAGGGAUCUUCGCCUGCAGCUACAGCGGGAGAAACUGGCGGUACAAAGACAACGGGACCAGGCAGAUAUUGCCAAGGAACAAUCGAGAGCAUGGGUGGAGAGUCUUCAAGAGAAACUAAGAGGGCUGAGGGAGGAGAAGAAAAGCUGGGUGGCCGAAGCUGUCGAGCUUAGGAGUGAGGUGUCCGAGCUGAAGAAAGCGCUGGAUGCACAGGGAAAGCAGUUAGCUCAGGAGAGUGUGAGGGCAUUCAAGCUUGCAGCUCAGCGAUUGGAAGAGUCACCAAAGUUUGAACGUGUCGCCAACUUCGAGAGACGGAUAGAUCAACUUAUGGCUGCUCAACGAUUAUGGGCUGAAGACAUUCGCAAGCUCAGCGACUUGCAGGAGUUCAUCGACCUGAAAGAGAACGAGUUUCAACGUCUUAGCCAGGUCCUCCGAGGACGGAUACAUGAAAUUGACCUGCUAUCAACUGCAAUCAGGGAGAACGAAGGCGAGACGGCUGUUUUGAAGGCAAAGUUAGCAGCAGCAGACCGAGCGUUGAAGUCAAAGGCCCUCUCCCCGAUCGCGUUGGAAUAUGCGGCGGAAGUCCGAGCACAGAUGACUGCUAUGGAAGUACAGAUGAAAGAGUUAAGAGAAGAGAACGAGGAGCUGUCGAAGCAGAAUGAUGAGCAGGCUGAAAUGAUACACGAGCUACGUAUGCAGCUCGACUCGGCGCCCAGCACGUCAACCCCUCUAUCAGCAAGCGAUUCACUUCGACAAUCACAAUCAAAAGGAACAUCGAGUGUGGGCAGCAGGUCAAGACGAGCAUCAGAGGACGCGGGGACGCAUACACCUCAUCUCAGCUUGCAGCUUAGUCCGGCGGCCGCUGUUCCACCUGUGCUGAGUACUCCCUUGCUUAGUGCGGUUGUGGCUUCUGCAUUCCCCAACUCGGAAGAUGCGGUGGCAGAUUGA